GUUCACGUAGCAGAGCGCGCCAGUCAUUGAAACUUGCCUGGACUUGUGUGCUAAAAGUGCGAAGCACGACAUAUCUAUCAGCUGUACAAAUGGCAGAGUGGGAGGCCUUCUACCAGAACGAGGAUGAGGAGGGAGAGCAAGAGGAGGGGGAACAGUCUGCGGGAGAUUACAAAGUCAGUGGAAGAGACAGCUUGGUGUUCUUGGUUGAUGCCUCCAAAGAAAUGUUUAUCAAAGGAGAAGAUGGACCCUCUAACUUUGACAUGACCAUGCAGGUUGUGCGCAGUGUGUACACCAGUAAGAUUAUUAGCAGUCACAGGGACCUGGUGGCUUUGGUUUUUUAUGGCACAAAGGAAAGCAAGAAUCCAAGGAACUCAUUCAAGCAUGUCUACGUGUACCAUGAUCUUGAUGAACCUGGUGCAAAACGAGUGCAGGAGGUUGAUGCUCUGCGAGGAGACAAGGGGGCCCAGCUAGCAGCAGAGACAAUGGGUAGCGGGGAGACGUCAUUGGGUGACGCCCUGUGGUGCUGCGCCAACCUGUACAGUGACAUCAAGCUUCGCCUCUCACACAAACGACUCAUGAUCUUCACAUGCAGGGAUGAACCGCACACAGGCGACAGCACCAAGGACAGAAAGGCUCGCACCAAGGCUAGUGACCUCAAAGAGACCGGUGUAGUCAUUGAUUUGAUGCAUCUCAUGAAACCUGGUGGUUUUGACGUGGCUCCCUUCUUUCGUGACAUUGUAAGUCCACCUGAGGAUGAGAGUGAGUUGGGGCUGCAGCUUGAGCCCUGUGACAAGCUGGAGGACCUCCAGAAGAGGGUACGGGCCAAGGAGCUGAAAAAGAGAGCCAUGGCCAGAUUAAAUCUUUGUCUAGGUGAGGGCGUAAAUGUUGCAGUGGGAAUUUAUGCAACUGCUGUGACAGCACGGAAACCAGCUCCCAUCAGGCUUUACAGAGAAACCAAUGAGCCAGUACGCAGCAAAACCCGCACCUUCCAUACCCAGACUGGCAGCUUGCUGCUGCCCAGUGAGAUAAAGAAAGCCCAGAUAUAUGGUAAGAAACAGAUAGUGAUGGAGAAGGAUGAGGUGGACUCAAUCAGGAAGUUUGAGGAUCCUGGACUUCACCUGAUUGGAUUCAAACCCAUGGAGAAGCUCAAACUUCACCACCAUAUCCGACCUGCUGUCUUCCUCUAUCCUGAGGAGGGAGAGGUGAAAGGCAGCGCAUGCCUCUUCUCUGCCUUGCUGACAAAGUGCAGCGAGAGGAACGUGUUCGCUUUGUGCCGCUGUGUCGCUCGUCGAAACUACGCGCCCCGGUUUGUUGCCCUAGUGCCUCAGGAGGAGAAGGUUGACGAGGGGAAAGUACAGAUUACACCCCCAGGCUUCAACGUCAUCUACCUGCCGUAUGCUGAUGACACGCGGACCCUGGAUAUUCCUCAGUGCCCUUCUGCCUCACAAGAGCAGGUGGACAAGAUGAAGGAGAUUGUCUCCAAGCUGCGCUUCAAAUACAGGAGUGACGCGUUUGAGAAUCCGGUCAUCCAGCAGCAUUUCAGGAACCUGGAGGCCUUGGCUCUGGAUAUGAUGGCUCCAGAGGACACAGAGGACCUCAUCAUGCCAAAGGUCGACCAGAUUGAUCGCCGUCUGGGCCAUUUGAGUCAGGAAUUUAAAGAUCUGGUCUAUCCUGCUGGCUACAACCCUGAAAGCAAACCAGCUGCCAAACGCAAAACAGCUGAUAGCGGAGGGGCAGCUGAGAAGAAACCUAAAGUAGAGGUUGGAGAAGAUGAGCUGAAGGCCCAUUUGCAGAACGGCACCCUGGGAAAGCUGACUGUGCCAGUGUUAAAGGAGGCCUGUAAGAAGUUUGGAGUUCGGACCACUGGCACCAAGAAGCAGGAGCUUAUAGAUGCACUUAUUGCCCAGCUGGGGUCAUGAAGUGGUAAAAUUAAACCCUACUGUGCCUUUGUGAGCAUAUCCAGACUAGUUUCUGCUGUUGCAUCAUAUUCAGGGUGCUGAAAUAUCUUCAGACACUUAAAACAACCAGUAUGGAUUUUGGGACCCGACCUUGAAACUGCUUUAAUGAAAAGUACUCGGUAGAAUACUACCAUGAUUUUUUUACCUGUUUUGCAAGAAGAAAUGGUUCACUGCCACUAGAUACUGUUUUCUGCUACUUAGCUCCUCGCAUAUUACAUGGAUACUUUAUGAAUGUAAAAAGAAAAAAGUCAUUCUGUUCUGAUCAGGAACACAUUUUUUAUGCUUUGGAAUCCACUGUAUAGUAACAUGAAAAUACUGUAACCCAUGAUGAUCACUGUUGAUAUAAUCUUGCAUUUGCAUUAAUAAAACCAUUUUUGUUA